AUGGGAAAGGAGGAGGUGGAGAGAAGAAAUAAAUUGAAAAUACCUGAGAGAGAAAUGGCAUGCAUAUUGAGGAAAAGGCAUGAAACAUUUUUGGUGGAAUCGUUCAAAUCACAUAACGAACGGAUUCAGAAAAAGAAGGGUGGGAAGCGAGAGAUAUGGAAACUUAUGAUUUCAUUGAAUAUCAGAUAA